UAAUAAUUAGUUUUCCUUUGUCGCUAGUUCAAUAUUAUCUCUAUUUUUUCACUUCCAAUUUUUCUUAAUAAAGUAUAUUUUUUAAAUUAGAGUUGCCAUGACGGAAUUAAAGUGACUAUCCUUUUACAGCGUAUCAAAGUGCAUAGUUUUAUUGUGUUACAUAUUUGUAUAAAUUAAUAACGUUCAUAUAAAAUAUUUCUGUUUUGCGAAAUCGCAUUUCUGUAAAAUAAAUAAGUUCAAAAUAAUGUUCCAAUUCACAGUUCUUUAUAUAACAAAUUUUAAUGUUGUAAUUGCAGUAAAUUUUUUUGUUAAAUAAAUAUUUUUAAUAUGAUUAUAGAUUGUUUCAUGUUAUAAAAAUAAUUAGUAUAAAAGAGAAGCUAUCUAGUAUCAGAUUAUCUUGACGUUAUCAAAUAAAAAAGUAAAUUAUCGUUACCUGUAAUUCUUAGUAAUGAUAAUUUACGAUUGCAAUUAGUUGUAACAAGCUUAUCAAAUAAAAAUGACAAUAUUCCAAUGAUGCAACCAUUGCUAUAAAUUUUUAAAAAGUUUGUCGCGUAAAGUAUGGAAGUGCAUCAGAAUCGACGAUUAAAUCAGAAAUUAUAUUUUUCUCGCAUAUCUUUCCAUCGGUUGUUCUAAUAAUUUAUGCGUAGGUCGAAAGGACAGACAAGUAUUAGUACGAGAAAUAAUCCGAUGUAUUAGAUUUAUCUGAGUUUCAAAGACAGUGAUGGUGAUGGUAUGGAAGAUUUCAUCACGAGCAGAUUGGAGUAUAUCGCGGGUAUUGGCGCCAAUACGCUAUAGCUAUCUAUAACAGUUCAUAGUUUCACUUCGUCUACGACGCGCGACGUCGCUAAUUAUCCUGAUGUCGACAAGGAUUACGGUACUUUAGCUGACUUUGACAAACUCGUGGCGAAGGCGAGGUCUCUCGGGCUGAAAGCAGUUCUCGAUUUCGUGCCCGAACCAUCGAGCUCUCGCGAGCACGAAUGGCUGGAAAAAAAAAGUGUCCGCCGGAUCAAACUUUACGACGAGUAUUGUGAUGCGCGAAUAGUGAACGACACUAGGAAACCGUUGAACACGAGUGUCGUCCAAGGCCCCUCCUGGGAAUGGAACUCUGCACGGAAACAAUACUAUCUGCAUUAGUUCAACGUUGCUUAGACGGAUCUCAACUACCGACAACUCGAAAUGAAGAACGUGCUGAGUUUCUGAUUCGAUCAAGAUUGUGGAGACGGCUUUCGUACUGAUGUUGUUUGACGCGCGUUUUCUAGAUGAGCCUCAGAAAAGCUUGUUAGGACGAUUAAAAAGCCGUCUAUUUAUGUAGAAAGUUCUCAAAGAGAGUUACUGAAUAACUACUCAAAGGUGACUAAUACAAAAAUAAUUUUGACCCAGGCUGAGAUGAAUUUUGCAUUAAAUUAUAAAUCAGAUUCGAACGUGCUGUUUAAUUUCAUGUUCAUUUUUAAAUUGAACAAGACUUCAAAUGUCUCGUCGAUCGAUGAUAAGCAAUAUUCAGCAUACGUGAUAUGUACGGUGGACCAUCAUGGCAAUCAUCGCGCGACUUAGUUCGGCGAGAAACGAGCCGGUCAGCUUUUCAUGCUGGUGACGGUUUUACCCGACGUGAGCGUGAUUUACAACGGCAACGAGAUCGGCAUGCUCGAUAGGAACUUUGCGUUGGCGGAGACCAAGGAUCUUAUCGGUUGUACCGCUGGACCUGACAGGUAUCACAUGAGGAAAGAUAAACCCGGACAAAAUCGUGUGUCUAAAUAGAUUUGAAACAAAAUGCAGUAUUUUUUAUUUCCGAUCAUGUCAGAUAUUUUCUAUUUUGUUAUAUCAAAUGAAAAGAGCUAAUUAAUUAAUAAAAAUACAUUCAACGUAAUCUCUACUAUUAUAAUUUCUAAUUUAAUUUAUCGAAAAAUAGUUUAUUUUUAAUUUUUGCUAUUUUAGCAAAGUAUCAAGCUCUAGUUCUAAAAUUUUAUAUAGGCAGAUCUCAUAUUUUAAAUUUCAUUUAAUAUAUUAAUUUCUAAAAAAUAAUCUUGUAUAGUAAAAAAUAUCAUCUUCUAGCAUUGUGUUUUUGCUAGUUUCAAUUUUAACGUGCUCGCUGCUGCACCGCGAAUUGCGAGGCUUCGCUAGGAGCCGACCUAAUUUCUUGUAAUGACAAACUCUAAAAUUGUUACUCAACGCCGACACAGCGACACGCAGCCAGAGAGCUUCGCGGCUAAUGCCGAAUUAAUGAGAAUAUAUUUUGUGAACACAACCCAUCAUGCGCGGGCGCGUGAUCGGCACUUAGCUGACGGCAACGCAUCACCGCGGGAUCACACUUUAAUACACUUGCAGAUAUUAUCGAGGAAUUUGCAAGAGCAUCUUUUUAUCUUUACAACAGCACCAACGCCGUUGAUUUCCUGCUUUAGAGACGACGAGACAAUGGCUUCCGGCAGAACAGCAAUUACAAAAUUCUGAAUGUGGCCGCGCGAAAGGCCGCGACCCGUGUAUUUCCAUCUACAUCAGUGUAUUUAAAUCUUUGUCCCGUUUGAAAAGGAAGCCCGUUGUCGGGCGCGGAUCCCCGCGGACUCUGUUGGUCACCGAGGAAAUCCUAGAAAUGGUACAGCGACACGAUCGUCGCAUCCGUCGUGACGCUUAUAGCGUUCACCAAAACGCCGCGUCGGUCGCCGUGUAUUCCGGGACAUAAAUGAAUAUUCCAUAGCAGUUGAUAGUAUAGUCUAUGCGCCCGGUGUGCUGACCAUUCCGAGAUGCAGGUAGGAUCGUGCGUCGAUACGAUUCACAUCACUAUGCCCACAGUUCGGCCACCCGGUUAUGUUUCACCACAGCAGAUUCGCUUUAGUAAACUCCUGCUUAUGUUACUUGUCCACGGAUAACCGCUUGGCAACACGAAGUUUUAGUGUAUGCAACAUACAUAAGUCACUUAUGAAGUUGUUCGGAAGUUUAUUUUACGCAAUAUUGCGAAUGCAGAUGUGAGGAAGGCGUUUGCUUUAUGAUGAGGACUCGGUAAAAAGUAAAUUUGUCGACGUUCUUCAUAUAAUUGGAUGAUCAUUAAUUAUUGAUAAGCACGAUUAAUUAUUGAUAAUAAAUAUACCCGGUUUUGUCUGCAAAAUAUUUUCGUAGAACAAUGUUUAAAGGAAAUUUUCGGAUUCUUCUAAGUAAUUAUGUAAGACGCUAAAACAAUGGGGAUUAAAUUCCUAAUUAGAUUUUUUUUUUUUAAAUAAAUUAGUAAUAAAUUUAUAAUUAAUUCCCUCUUAUAGUCAACGUAUAAUAUUACUUUCAGUUUUAGAUUUUUAUUUGUUUUUUAAUGAAGUCUUAUAUUCAUCUUGAGUACUUACAUUUUUUACGUAAGUUAAUUGAACCUUUAAUUUCUCUUAAAUAAUAAAUGCUAUUAAUUUUUAUGCUGUAGAAAACUAUUUUUUUACAAUAAAAAUAGAAAUUUAUCUAACUUUAAGUAUUUUAUAUUUAAUAAAAGUUAUACAAGUUUCAUUACUCAUUGUAAUUAUAACUACAAUAGUCUUUUGUGAAAUAGGCGUGCGUUAGAAAUAGAUAACAAAUACGCACGUUCCAUGCAGAAGAUCUAAUUAUAUCCGUAUGUGUUCUAUGCACAAAAUAUUUAAUUAUAUAAUAUUCACUAAAUAUAAUGAUAAUCAAUUAUAAUGUAUUCCCUUGUUCAUCGUUUACAAAAUACAAAAUGGCAUGUAUGUUAUGGCAUUAUGUACGACGUGUUUCGUGAUAACAUUUGAAUUCGUGGUGGCUGCAAUAGCAACGUGAGAGUGAUCUUUCGAUAAAUAUUAGCCUUUGACAAAUGCUGACGGUACUUUAUUUAGCCGGAUUUACAUUACAACUUGCGUGUGUUAUUGGUUGUUUACAUCUACGCGUGUAAACAAGUACCAACGUGCCGAAUAUUAUUUUAUUACUGGAAAAUCUCCCUGUAAAAUCCCAAUACAAAUUCGCUUUGUUAUUCAACAAAUAUAACAAGGCAAGCAGAAUUUGGACAUCUGAUUUACGAUAUCAUUUAAAACGGAUUAAUAAAGUGCAGUAUUGUUGUGAAAAGAAUGAAAAGGAAAAUUGGCGGAACGCACAUUGAAAAAUUAAAAUCUUUUCAUGCGUUCCCCAUGAAUACUUUUGAGAGGAGGUUCGUGUAGAUUAAGAUGGUCGAUUAGUGCUAUCGCAAUAUUGUAGAAAUUCGUCUCUUCUCGGUGUAAACUCAUUCGUGUAACAAAAGCUCGGAUGAUUAACCGGGACGCGGGAGAGUAUUGAAACUUACAUAUUUUUCGCUAUACACGGCAGAACGGGAAAUAGGGGAAGAGAAACGCGGGGUAGAAAAUAGAUUUACGACAGGAAAGCCGAUAGUUUCGAUCAGCCGAGGUAGCUAAGACGCCACGCGGUGAGAGGCGGACUUGCACGCACGUCCUCGUGCUGUGUGCACAUGAGUAGUCGGGAAAAUUCUCGAGUUUUCAUGCCGACAGCCGGCACUAUGCACCGGCACGCAGCACCAAUCACGCUGAGUGCACAUUCUUCAACCUCUUCUGUCUCGGAGUCCUUCUCUUCUCCCGCCAUUCUCUCGUCCCCGAGACAGCCAGAAGAGAUGCACCACUCUCGCGCUCCGCGGCGGUUUCGUUUGUAUAUCGUGCAUGUAUAACGUGCAUGUGCCGGCAAACGCCGGAAUAGUAACGGCAUGUAUCGUUGGAGCUCGCAUCUUCAGCUUGUGCUAUUUUUCUCCGUUUUCUUCUCUCGUGCCCGUACAACCGCGACUGAAUACUCGGCAUGAACUCUCAUGCCGUAACCACUCCUGUCUCCUCCGCUGGAGGUAAUUCACAAAACCCCUAAUUAAUUCGCGUAUUCUCACUCUCUUCAUACGCGCGCCUUUCUCGCUUUUCUCGCUCUUCGCUCCUUUAAAUUUUCUCGAGUAUUAUAUUAUCCCUUCAGCUUCCCGCACAGAUGCAGGUGAAACGACGUCCGAGAUAUCGGGGGGGUCCGCGAUACUACGCGGAGAAUCGCGUUCUUUCCCCGCCUUUCCAAUAUGCGCCGCUCUUUGAUAUUUAAAAGUGUUCUAAAUGAAAAAUGUUUGUUUGUACGCCGUGCGUAAAAGCAGCACGAGUCAAACUACCAAGUCGGUGUACAUAGGCGCGCCUUUCGUAGAAAUUGUUUCGCGUUUCGUUUAAUAAUGCAACAAGACGCACGAAUGCAAUUUGCGAUGUUAAAGAUCGGUGUAUUUGCAAACGGGGCCUUUGUAAGGCCCCUUUCGGGAGUAACUUGACGUGCACAGCGGACAAAGCAGUUUAUUAAAAUUAAAAUGCUCGGGCAUAACAAAACUGAGAAACGGAAUACGUAAAUAGAAAUACGCGUGCAUCAUUGUCAAUAUCGUCUAACGAUCUGCACGGAGAGAAAAAAAAAUAGUUGCAUUAACCAUAAUUUAUAGUUAUUUUUGGCCGUAACAAUAUUUUUAUAGUUAAAUUAAUAAUAUAAAUUAUAGUUAACUUAACACUAUAUUAUUGUUACAAUAGCUAUAGCAUUCGUUCAUACAACCAUAUGAAUGGUUAAACGUGCCAUAAUUGUGAUUCAUAUAUGGUAGAAAUUAUUAUAAUUUAUAGUAAACUUUUUAGUUUACAGUAAAAUUUUUACCCUGUUUGGCACAACUAUACAUAUGUGAUUAUUUACACCAACAUUAUAGCAAUAAUAACUAUAUAAAAAUAAUAUUUGCAACUAUAAUUAUUUUACUAUGCAAUUAUAGUUGCAAAUACUAGACACUUUUCUCUCAGUGUGAUUUAUUCAGAUAGAAUUUGUUGACAAGGCUGAUAACAACUUCCGUUUAAAGCUAAUUAAAAUACGCACGGAGAUAGAUUUGUUUAGAUAGAAUUUGUUAUUAGAUCUGAUUCGUUAUCAGAUCCAGAAAAAAAUGUGUUAUAUUUCCGAUAACACAACUCUAUCUACAUUAAUCUGAGUGAUGACAUUAAUUACGUUAAUAUACAAAGUCAACGUUUCCGAAUGUUUAACGCAUCAAGAUGCCGUGGGCAAGUGGAACGAGAAAAUCCAUUUACUUGUUACGAUAUGUUGCGCCGCUUUUAGGAUUACAGUUGUGAGCUCGCAAGGGGAUUAGUAAUUUCAGAAUAGUACUAUUUUGCGCGCGGUUCGCUAUAUGGUUUACUAUUAAAUACCGUGCUAUCUAUAACCGUUCGCGAUAUAGCGUCGAUUUACAACGCGCGCGCCAUAGAGCCUAGCAUAAAAUAAUCUCUGUUCGAGUAUUAGCCCAUCCUGUCUCUCUCUCUCUCUCUCUCUCUCUCUUUAUGUCCCUCUCUCCCUUUUUAUGUGCAUGUGCCGCGACUACCCCUUACUGAAUGGGCGCCAUAUACUAAGUGGAUUUUAUGCACGCCCUGAAUCCAAUUAUCCUGAAUAAUUUAUCGCCGAAUCACAGACGUUAAUGACAUCAGACUGAAUUAGGCAAGCUUUUCAUAAUGGUUCUAUAAAAAUAGCGGCGCAUAUGGUACGCCCGUCCGCCGCUCCCCUUUUACCCGAUAAUGAAUCAUCACUGUCAAUGGUGUAAAUGGAGCUGAUAAUUACAUUGUCCCGAAUCAUUGAUCGGUCGCGAAAAUGAGGCUUUGUUUUGCGUACCUCGUCGACAUAUUAAUUAGCUUUUCCGUGAAAUAAUAAUGUGUCAAAUCCGCUGUAGUGGCUAACGGUCCUUCCGUCCCGCGUGCAAAUCCAAUUAAAUUAUUAAUUGGAUACGGAAGAAUGGGAAGGAGCGAGGAUGUCGAAUUGACUAAGGGAUAUAUAGACGAACGGCGCGUUUCUUUCGCAGGAAGAAAUGCAAAAUUCAGAACGCUUAUAAAACUUUGCAAACCGUGCCACUCAUUGUUAGCCGCGUUUCGUGUAUCGCAGACUAUUACGCGCGAAUUUCCGUCGUUUCGCUGUUUCAGGAUUUGAAUGUGACAUAUUUAUUAAUAAUAGAAUUCAGGGAAAAUGCUCUUUCGUAUGAAAGUACGCGUGGCACACACACACACACACACAGACACAUAUACAUAUAUGUUUUUGUUGCGCAGCGUCAAUUAAACUUUAUUUUCAUUGUACCCGGUGAUGUUACUCGCGCAUUAUUGACUGAAUUUUUGACGUAUGAUAACGCAAUCGCUUUUUCCAUUUUCGAUUUAUAAAUAUCCCGUGCUUUUAACACGUUCAUUGAACAUUGGCACGCGUGUAUUCGACGACAUGAACGGAAAUAAACGCGGAAAAGAGAGACACGUGCAAUGGAUACGUGCAAUGCAAUGCGUAUCGAAUACUCUUUUGAAGCGCACAUUUCUAUCGUUCUGCCGUUUUGCAAUAAGAGUCAUCGGCCGGUGGCCGAUUUGCAUUCAGGUGUAGCGCGAAGGGAAACCAUCCCAGCGUCAGAUUAAUUGGAUUAAAAAAAAAAAAACGAGCGAAAUCAAAUUGACAAUAUAUUUGUGUGUUUUUUUGCGCACAAUUCGAAAUUGCAGUCGCAAUCCUAUCAUGUUUUGCGAAGGUAUUUAGACAAUAUAAAUAUCUAAAAGACAUCCAUAGGAUCCCUAUAAUCCUGUGGAUAGUUUUCCAGACCGCACCGUGCAGAUGACGUCUUUCAAGCUUAUCUGUUAUUUUCGUUGCUACGUGUACCAAAGUAUUUGCGGUGUAAUACGUGUGUGUGUGUGUUUUUUUUUAUUACUAGCGAUUUAGAUUAUGCGAAUUAUCAAUGCCGAUGCCAUAUUAUACUACGAAAAUACAUUUUAAGUAUUUUUUUCUUAAACGAGGAAAAUUCAAUUCCUUCUCGCAAUAAUGUCGCGUGACUUUUAAAUUCGAGAGAUUUUCACGUUUUCCGCGCGUACUGUGACCUUACAUCCAUCCUGCUGCGCGUAAUUACAUACGGGUGUAGUGACCGCAGCGCAAAAUCACGGUCUAUACCACAUUUAACACUCAGGAUACACUAAGCCGGUACACUAAGCCGGCGUAAAGUGGGUCGUGUAAACAUUGUCAUUGACGUGCAAUACUGUGCCCCAUUCACGGUGUGUUGUAUUGCGUCUCGCGACAAAGCCUUGAUUUGUCCGCGGUGUUUAUGUGAGAAACAGAAUAGCGUUAAUCUAGGCCUCUCGACAAAAUUGAAUCACAACUGUUUUAAACAACGCUGAGAGCACGGGAAUGCGCAGGAUGUGCGAUUAAUUGCAUUGUAACGGCCACGAUCGACCGGCUUUACCCUGCAUUUCACGCGCGAAUACGUUUCGAUCGUAACGGUUUCUCAUUCGGCGUGAAUAUUUUUAAGGCUCACAUAUCCGUUUCGCUCAAAGGCGCUGCACACUGUCGACUUUGAAAACAGCUGACGCACAGCAAUAAAUAACGUUACAGCGUGCUGAAUGUGCUUUACUUUGAAAUGUACUUCUUUCCAUUACUGUGCGUUCCCGAGGGCGCGCAUUAUCAUGAGAUAAUGUCUAAAGUGAAACCUCCGCUUCUUAUAUUCGAUAAAAUAUCGAAAAAAUGUUACACGCGCCGUCUCAGUGGAAGUAUCGUAUAGCAAAGGAAAUAACAUUAAAAGAUAUCUAAAAGACGUCUGAACACCCUUUCAAGAGGCUGUGCGUGUGCGUGUGUUCUACAGUCUUUUUAGAUAUUUAUACCGUUUGAAUGGAAAGGCUCAACAGGAUUUUACUGAUCGCAAAAAUUGCGAUUUCGAAUCGCGCGACACACACGACAUAAACUGUCAAUAUUUCUUUCGCUAGUGAAAAUAAAUUUCACGUGAACUCCACUUGGGAUUUUCUACACGCACAUAGUAAUGAAAUACAUAUUAAAGACUUCUACAUAAUCAUGAAGAUAAUGCGUGUUAAAAGAUUGUGAUAACGAUUUCACGGGCCGUUUAAUUAAGAUUUAUAUAAAAUUCUCUACGGUCUUUCGGAAAGGUUUCGAGCUCGGCGUGGCGGUCGGAACGCAAUUCCAGCAGCCGGCUCCUUUAAAUAUCCGUUCUUUCAUUCGGUGAUCAUUCUAAGAGGGCUUUCCCAGGGAAAUGAUGGUUCCACAUUGCCGCGAUAAGGAACGCGAGAAUGCCGCCGGGAGAGCGGUUCCUUUCCGCGAAGGGAAAUGUCAUCCGUUCGCAAUGAAGCAGAAUUUUUCGCUUCGCUUCUUUUAACGGUAAGUUAGAAUUUCUCUUGAGAAUGGAGCUAAGCGAGCCCGAAAUGCCUGCAGACGUAAGUGUACUCGGCGCGUCUCCUCGUACCAAGAGGACGAAGAGGAGGGAGAAACUCGAAGCGGAGAAACAUUAGGAACUAUUUAUCAGUUGACUUUCCAUUCCCCGUGUACCUCUUUCGUGUAGAAAUAGUGCUUGGUCAAGGAAAAAGGCUUCGAUUUAAGUCGCGAUAGUCGGUUAGAUUUGUAGAGCAAGAGCUUCGAGAGGUAAAAAAAAAAAAAA